UAUAAUGAACCAUCCUUGCUCAACUUCUCAUCUCUGCAAACUCUCCAUCUUUUCCGUACUAGUUAUUCCCCUGCCAUUUCUUUUGUCCCCAAGUGGACAUUCAAAUUGAAGAAACUUGUUUCUCUUCAAUUACUGGAUACUGGCAUCCAAGGUCCGAUUCCUGGUGGUAUCCGAAACCUCACACUUCUUCAAAAUCUUGACUUGUCUUUCAAUUCAUUCUCAUCUUCUAUACCUGAUUGCUUAUACGGUCUUCAUCGUCUCAAGUCUUUGGACCUAAAUUCCUGCGACUUGCAUGGGACUAUUUCUGAUGCCUUGGGAAAUUUGACUUCUCUUGUUGAACUUGAUUUGUCAAAUAAUCAACUUGAAGGAAACAUUCCAACUUCUUUGGGUAAUUUGACUUCUCUUGUUGAACUUCAUUUGUCAUAUAGUCAACUUGAAGGAAACAUUCCAACUUCUUUGGGUAAUCUCUGCAACUUAAGGGUGAUAGAUUUAUCAUAUCUCAAACUCAACCAACAGGUUAAUGAACUUUUAGAAAUUCUUGCUCCUUGUAUUUCCCAUGGACUCACAACACUUGCAGUUCGGAGUUCACGACUUUCAGGCAUUCUGACAGAUCAUAUUGGGGCAUUUAAAAAUAUUGAGCUGCUAGAUUUUUCCUACAACUCAAUUGGUGGUGCUCUUCCUAGAUCAUUUGGAAAACUUUCAUCAUUAAGAUAUCUCGAUCUCUCUAUGAAUAAAUUCAGUGGAAAUCCAUUUGAAAGUCUUCGAUCACUCUCUAAAUUGUUAUCUCUUCAUAUUGACGGCAAUCUUUUUCACGGAGUUGUCAAGGAAGAUGAUCUUGCAAAUCUUACAAGCUUGACGGAGAUUCAUGCAUCAGGAAACAAUUUCACUUUAACAGUGGGUCCCAAUUGGAUUCCUAAUUUUCAACUUACCUAUUUGGAAGUGGCAUCAUGGCAGUUAGGUCCCAGCUUUCCAUUGUGGAUUCAGUCACAAAACCAACUUCAUUAUGUUGGACUAUCUAACACGGGGAUUUUCGAUUCUAUUCCCACACAGAUGUGGGAAGCACUUUCUCCGUUUUUGUAUUUAAACCUCUCUCGUAAUCAUAUCCAUGGUGAGAUUGGGACUACAUUAAAGAAUCCAAUAUCUAUCCUAACUAUUGAUCUAAGCUCAAAUCACUUGUGUGGUAAAUUACCCUAUCUUUCAAGUGAUGUGCUUCAGUUAGAUCUUUCAAGCAAUUCAUUCUCUGAAUCCAUGAAUGACUUUUUAUGUAACGAUCAGGACAAGCCAAUGCAAUUAGAAUUUCUGAAUCUUGCAUCAAAUAAUUUGUCAGGAGAGAUACCUGAUUGCUGGAUGAAUUGGACAUCUCUUGUGGAUGUAAAUUUACAAAGCAACCAUUUUGUUGGGAACUUACCCCAAUCCAUGGGUUCCUUGGCAGACCUGCAGUCUUUACAAAUUCGUAACAACACACUCUCAGGGAUAUUUCCAACCAGUGUGAAGAAGAAUAACCAAUUGAUAUCCUUGGACCUUGGGGAAAAUAAUCUUUCAGGAACUAUUCCAACAUGGGUUGGAGAAAAGCUCUUAAAUGUGAAAAUCCUCCGCCUUCGAUCAAACAGAUUUGGCGGCCACAUUCCAAAUGAAAUAUGUCAGAUGAGUCAUCUUCAGGUUUUAGACCUUGCACAAAACAAUCUGUCUGGCAAUAUACCGAGCUGUUUCAGUAACUUGAGUGCCAUGACACUAAUGAACCAAAGUACAGAUCCUCGUAUCUAUUCUAUAGCACGAUAUGGUAGGUCUUACUCUUCCAUGCAAAGUAUAGUUAGUGUGCUACUAUGGCUGAAAGGAAGAGGAGAUGAGUACAAAAACAUUCUGGGUUUGGUAACAAGCAUUGAUCUGUCAAGUAACAAGUUAUUAGGGGAAAUACCAAGAGAAAUCACAUAUCUAAAUGGAUUGAAUUUUUUAAACUUGUCCCACAACCAAUUGAUUGGUCAUAUUCCACAAGGUAUAGGUAAUAUGAGAUCAUUACAGUCCAUUGAUUUUUCGAGGAAUCAACUUUCUGGUGAAAUCCCUCCAACCAUUGCAAAUUUGAGCUUUCUGAGCAUGCUAGACUUGUCUUACAAUCAUUUGAAGGGAAAUAUUCCAACAGGAACUCAAUUGCAAACCUUUGAUGCCUCCAGCUUCAUCGGCAACAAUCUAUGUGGUCCACCACUGCCCAUAAACUGCAGCUCCAAUGGGAAAACCCAUAGUUAUGAAGGAAGUGAUGGGCAUGGAGUGAAUUGGUUUUUUGUCAGUAUGACAAUUGGAUUUAUUGUGGGAUUCUGGAUAGUGAUUGCUCCUUUGCUGAUUUGUAGAUCAUGGCGGUAUGCCUAUUUUCAUUUCCUUGAUCAUGUGUGGUUCAAACUUCAAUCUUUUCGCUUAGGUAGUAUCACUGUUUAGUGUUGCUUAGAAUACUCCGAAGUUUUAUCAUUGUAUUGGCAGGUUGAUCAAUUUCUAGUCAUUGCUAUCUUCUUCUUUUUUUUUUUUUCAAAUUUGAGAGCCUUAUUUAAAUUCUGUUUUUGGAUGUAAAGAGGGAGAGUAGCUGAACGUAAAGAGGGGAAGGAUAGGAGGUGUGGGGAAAUGGAACUAAGGAUAACCAAGUAAUUUCAAAUGCUUUGGUAGUCUCAA